CAACCAACGUCAGCAUUUCCAGUUGGAUUGUUGACGCAGGAACAAGACACCAACCCGGCUAAAAAUAUCCUCCACACACACCUAGCUGGUGUGGUGGAAGUUGUACGAGAUGGCCAAAAGAGUCAGCAUCCUCCCAAGCCUGAGGAAGACAAAGGCCUCGAUGACGCCCUUUUAUUUGGCCACAGGUCUUGGUCUUGACUUGGCGAUAUGCACCUCACUCGGCCUGCGUCAUGCAGAAGCUUCAACCGGAUCCAGUUAAAGUCCCAAACCCUUCCAAUUAUGGCUCGGUUUAUUGAAUCUUGGCCAGCAGUAAUGGUGAGACCAUCAGCCUCCACGACUCGGCUGCCUAUUGAAUGUGCACAAAUCGAUGAAAGUUGCUUUGACGGCUCAUCGCGGCGUCCAAGAGGCUUGGAAUCUCUUGAGGUCUUAACCUGUGAUUCCAGAUCUCCCCACAUUUACACAAUUUUCAUGAUGAUCACCUAGUACACCAGCAUGUUGUUGAACCUGACUAUAUAGGCCGUGGUUGUCCAACGCCACCUUGGAAGUCCUCACCUUUUUCCCGUUCUCAUCAUUUCCCAGUCGCAGAUUCCGUUGACGACCAGCCUCGAAAUCAUGCAUCCUUCAUUCCGAACCCUUGGUGGGCUUGCACUGGCCGUGGCUACCGUCAAUGCUCAGUUGCAGGGCUUCAACUACGGUGCCACCUUUGAAGAUGGUACAUGUCGGAUGGUUUCCGACUAUGAGGGAGCCUUCAAUACUGCCCGGAACCUCGUUGGCACUGACGGUGGCUUUACAGCUGCCCGUCUGUAUACCACUGUCCAGUGUGACACGGUCAACACACCCACCUCUGCCAUCCAAGCUGCCAUCAACACCAACACGACGUUGCUAUUAGGAAUGUGGGCCAGUGCUGGAGACGGUAUUUUUGAGGAUGAACUUGCCGCUUUGACCAAUGCAGUCAACCAAUAUGGUACUGCCUUUACCGACCGUGUGGUGGGAAUCAGUGUUGGUUCCGAGGAUUUAUAUCGAUCCAGCCCCCAAGGUGUUGCAGGUGAAGCUGGUAUUGGAGUCGACUCGGCCACUAUAGUCCGAUAUAUCGAUCGUGUUAGGGACUUGAUCGACCGAACACCCCUCCUACAAGACAUCCCUGUUGGACAUGUCGACACCUGGACUGCAUGGGUACUUCCCGAGAAUGCCAUCGUGGCAGAGCGUGUUGACUGGCUGGGCCACAACUCAUUUCCCUAUUUUGAAGCCACCCUCGCAAACCCAAUUGAGGAAGCCGAUGCUAUCUUCUACAGAGCCCUGGCGGCCACCGAAGGCGUCUCAGGUGGAAAACCAGUUUUGGUCACCGAGACUGGAUGGCCUCACAUUGGUGAAGACAUGAACCUUGCCGUUGCAUCUCUCGAGAACGCUCGCACUUAUUGGGCUGGAGUCGGCUGCGAUCUAUUCGGCAAUCGUGACACAUUCUGGUACACUCUAACUGAUGCCAAUACCGGUCAAACCGACAUCUCCUUUGGUGUUGCUGGACCUGGCAACCCGCCAUCCACCACACCUGUCUUUGAUCUGUCAUGCGAAGCAUAAUGGUCAUUUAACCGUCAAACGAUUAACAUGUACCCAAAAACGUGUCUGCAUCUACGAACACUGUACCUUUAAUGAAAGGUUGAUGACAAUUUAGAUCAUUUGUAUAUAGAUCCUACAGCCAUAUACUAGUAAUAUACGACCCAUCUACGUGACGACUUCGAGAG